CAUAUGUGAAAACGAGUUUUUUGUUUUGUAAAAUAUGGUAAAUACUUGUUAUCGCACGCCUAUGGUGGUAUUUGUGUAAACUUUCUACGCCAAUGCUUCAGAUCGCGUAUUUCGACAGUAAAGUCUGUACAUAGACAUAAGAAAGUGACUAAGUGAUACGAAUUAAGGAGACCCGGGCAAGCUGUAAGAAUGAAAUACGGCCGAACGGGUCCGUACUUUGCUCAGAAUUUAAUUAUUUGGGGUUUUGUUAGGAAAGAUACUAAACACCUACCUUAAAUUACUUAAAAUUAGUCACAUAAUAUAUCAGUAUCACUGUCGCUAUCAUCGCCUGUUGCAGAAUGUUUUCGUCUAAUUUAAUAGGAAAAGAACUGUGGAAUUUUCUUGCGUGACGCACGCUAAUGGUUUGGCGGAGAUAAUUAAAAAUUUUUUUUUUCACUUCCUAGGGUACGCCUAUGGCAUCUUUUGAAAAAUUUUCAACCGCGGAUUUUUUUUUGCCUAUUUUUCAAAUUUCCAUAAAGCUGUCGAGUUUUUUGAUUUUUAUUGUUUUUUCGCCGAUUUUGAAGUCAUCGAUCUCCGAAUAGAGAAUGUUACCCGCACGCCCAUGGAUUUUCUUUUUGAAAAUUUGACAAUCAUUAAAACGCUUUGAAAACUUUUAUGUUAUAUUUCCGCAACACACGCUUUUUAAAAUUCCAUACGCACGCCCAUGAUUUUUAUUUUAAAAUUAGGCGAUCGCUUUCGAAAAUUUUGAUUCGAGCGCCAGUGGAUUAUUUUUUGUUUUUUCGCCAUUUUACAGACAUCGAUCUCCAAAUAGACAUUGAGCUGUUAUAGAAAACGAAAUGGAUUUUUUUUUUUUGAAAAUUUUACAAUCGUUGAACCCUUUUAACAAUUUUCGUAUAUUUGCGUCCUUGCAGUUCUUUAGUUUUUGAGAAAUUUUGGCUGCGCGUCCAUGUUUUACAUUGACUGAUUACAUUGAUUCCCUUUGAAAAUUUGCAUACACACGCCCAUGACUUUUAUUUUAAAUUUUGUGAAAGUUAUCAGGGUCCCUUAGAAAAUUUCAAACGCACGCUCAUGAGCUUAUAUUAAAUUUGAAAAAUUUCAUAUGCAUUCCCCUGACUUUUUUAAAAUUUUCAAACGAGUUCUGAGCCUUUUUGAAAUAUGGAUCAUUGUAGAUUUUUAAUUUAUGAGAAAUUUGUCUGCGCGUUCAUGUUUUUUAAAUUUCAAUUUUACAAUCGUUUAACCCCUUUUAAAAUUUUCAUGUGCACACCAGUGACUUUCAUUUUAAAUUUCGAAAAAGGUGUCGAGCUCUUUGCGAAAAUUUCACGUGCACGCACAUGACUUUCUAUUAAAUUUCGAAAAAGUUAUCGAGCCUUUUAGAAAAUUUGAUGUGCAUUCCCGUGACUGACUGUGUCAUUAUAGUUUUUUAUUUUUUGAAAAAUUUCGUCUGCACAAUCGUCGAACCCCCUUGAAAAUUUUUAUACACACGCCCAUGACUGUUAUUAUAAAUUUUCUGAAUGGUAUCGAGCCCCCUUCGAAAAUUUCACAUUAAUAUUUCCUGUAAUUGGGUCAUGUUACCUGUUGGAAAUCAAGUGCUAUAUUAUUAAUGUUAUUAUUAUAGUUUGUUAGAAAUUAUCCGCGUACCCAUGUUUUUUUUUUGUCUAUUUGACAAACGCGCGCCGCUACCGAAAUUGCACCGUACGAACUAUAAGGAAACCCUGAAAUAAACUGCUCGGCGCGCUGCUGACAAAGAAAUUGGUGGGGAGGCGUCGCCCGCCGCCUCGCGGCGACGCGACGCUCGAGCCAGUAGUACGGUCGGCGUCGGCGUCGCCAGUGUCUUUGUUUUUCACAAACGCCGAUUUGUUUACAACGUGGACGUGCGAUUUUCCGUUUUCGGUGAAACAAACGAGCGUCGACGCGGGUGCGCCGAAAAAACGCGCCGCCUUCGGCGCUUUUCUUUUGUUUUUCUCGUGAUGAAUGAGUCGCAGGUGGCCGGAUGACGUAACACCCUCGUAAGCCACAAAUAAAAAAAAUACAAGCGGGGGAUGCCUUAACCACCGAUUAUGUACGGGACCCGUCCGGAACCGUCGCCCCCGCGCCAAUGGUCGGUCCACGCGGAGUUCACCAUCUCGCACCCGGGGGCGAACGACCCCGUCAACCUACCCCGUACCAGCACCGAGAGGGACGACGAUACGGGCGGCGUGCGUAUGACCUACAGCUGGACCGCCAACGACGGCGACGAUAAACCGUGGGCGCCGCCGCCGCCGCCGCCCCCGGACUGGUGCGCGCGCGGCUUCCAAAAAGGCAAUCUGUUCUUUACGUCGACGCCGCCGUCGAGAUUGACGGGCGACGUCGCCAGUAAGGUGCACGAGUCGUCGGGCUACGGGAGCGACGUGCUGUCGCCCAAUUCUUUGGGCGGCACUUUGCCCCGCAGACCCGCGCAGCCCUACAACCGCAAGUGCAGAAGCACCUGCAACAUUACCCUGUCGACGAAUAUAGGUUCGGCGCAGUCGGCGCCGUCGGAGGGGUCGCAUUCGCAGUGCGGUCGGACCCAAAGUUUGCGGUGCCAGACGCCGUCGUCGUCCUCGUGUCCCAACCGCUACUACGGAUGCGGCGACCCGUGGUGCCAUCACCCGCGCUUUAACGACGAGUUCGCGUAUUCGCUAGGCGGCGCAGUCGGUAGGAUAUCGCCUGUGCUCGAGAGCGGCGAAGAUAGCCUCGGCUCGGGCGCGCCGCAGAAGAGGGACGCGGCCGUCCAGACGUUCGAAAUGGUCGACAAGUGCACGUCGCCGUUUCUGCGACCGGAUCACGGCCUCCGGACGCGGUGCGCCAGGCGGAAAACGGAACCGUCGCGGCGGGACGCGCCUUGCACGUCGUCCGCCUCCCUCACGCCGGACAGUUUGGACAGCGUCAAGCACGGAAAACUCGCACGAAAGUCCCCCAAGCCGAUCAAGGAAGCGUCUCCCGCGGAUUCGUUGAAAAAACCGCGGACGGUCCACAUCGACGUCUACUGUACCGGGACGGAACUCGAAUCGGAUGCGGACACCUCGUCCGAGUCGGAGAGCAAGUCCGCGUCCACUCCGCAGACGGUGUUCGAGUCCGAGAGGGUGAAGGUCACCCACAAGAAAGCCGGCGAGGCGGAACUGCCUCUCCAGAUGAGGAGGCCUCCCGUCCGCCCGUCCGACGACGACGAAGAGGACGACGCGAGCACCGCGUACCCGUCGAAGAUGAGCUCGUAUUCGACGAUCGGCGACUUUUCCGCUAGCGUCUCCAGCGUGCCGAGGUCUUGGACGUCGUACUCGAUGUCCAGCUGCGCCGUCCCGGACGACUACGAUUCGGUGACGAACACGUCGUGGAAGGACACGUACUCGGACGUUCACAGCUUGGCGGACAGCAAGUCGAGCAUGGUUCCGAGGCGUCUCUUCCAGAACGCGAGCAUCGACGAGACGCCCGAGCUCGACGCACUCCAAACUCCGAGCGUCGCCAGCCUGCACCCCAGCGACAGUUUCGAGUACGCCAACUCGGAGGAUAGGAGACGCAUCAAGCGCAUGGAGGAGACGUGGAAUAAUAAAACCGUCGCGAAAGCUCCGGACAGCGACAGCGACGAGAGCGACCACUCGGCCCGAGGCUGGACGUUCGUCGCUCCGGAAGGCGGGGCACAUACUAGGCGUUCCCCCUUCACCGUAGUACCGGGUUUCUGUACCGAGUCGCGUUCGAUAGCGAAGAAAUUCGGUCCGGUGGUGAGCGCGAUGCGCAAACCGGGUCACCACGUGGGCCCCGCCAAGAACCCCGACUGCCUUUGCAGCCACUGCCGCAGCUAUUGGGAGAACGGGGCGGGCUACAGGUCGAGGGCGCGGUCCGUCGGCGACCCGCCCUCCCGCGCGGUGACCAAUUGGAAAGAGUUCUUGGAGAGGGCGGGGCGCGCCGAGACCCCGCCCCUCCCAUAUACGGAUUUUUGAACGCGCGCACGGCUUCCAAAUAAAAACGUUACGCUUUCGCUCGUUUUUUUUUUUAUUAUUAUUCUCGACCGAGGGUUUUAUCUUCCUCCCACUCCCACCGAUAUCGUCCACCUUCCCGCGCAAGAACUAACCGAUCGGUC